CCGGUUUUUUGUGGCCAUAAAACCUUUUGCUAUGUUGUUUGUCAGCGAUAUAUCGUCGCCGUCUAGAAGCCGAGUACAAAUGAUCAGUGUAUUGUUGCUGACUGCACAAAAUUAAUCAUUUUCAUUUUUACGAAAAAAAGAACAGAAGAAUGCAGCCAAGGAAAAAGAAACCACGACUUUCUAUACUUCAACGCGUCUUUUUCAGUUUAGGACACAUUUUCAACGACUUUGUUUUAGCAAUUUAUAGUUCGUAUCUUUUGAUAUACCAAACAAAAGUCCUGGGACUUUCAAGCGUUGUUGUCGGUUUGGUAUGGCUCAUUCCAAAUGCAGUGGACGCGUUCCUAGCUCUUCUAGUUGGUUAUAUUUGCGAUAACUUUGUAGUCCCUGGUCUCUCAAAGUGUUACGGUCGCCGCAAAUCAUGGCAUCUCCUUGGUUGUAUACUCCUUGGCAUUUCGUUCCCUUUUCUACUAAUGCCUUGCCUGUUUAACACAUCGUCGGGCUAUUGGGUCGAAGCUGUGUACUAUAUAAUUAUCACUGAAAUAAGCUACCUGGGAUACUGUUUUACGCAUGCGAACCAACUAGCUAUGAUACCCGACAUAGCAAAGAGACCGAGCGAGAUGGUGGAAUUGGGGGCUAUAAGCUCAUCUGUGACAUUUGCGAGCGGUAUUUUCGUGUACGCGAUAGUGUGGGCUCUGCUGGAUGGCGACUCGAGUGGGUCAUUCUCGGACCAACAGACAGUCUUUACACAUCUCACCAUCAUUGUGGUAUCCCUUGGUGCGUUUUUCACUUUCGUAUUCCACGCCGGCACUCAUGAGCCCAGACGCACGACUUGUAAAGAGUCCAAACAAAAAGAUGACUUGGUGGGGUUUUCUGAAUGUGACUAUCAUGAAAAACCUUUGCCAUAUACAUUACCCUCCACGCAUGCGCUAAACAUCAAUGACGUCAUCCAGGGGACAAAAGACACCGCCCUCGUGAAUCCCACAUUCGUCGCAGACAUCGGUGACAUCCAGGCAGAGAUCUGUGAAAAGCGCCUAGACUUGGAAACGGAGGAACGGGACAAGGAACGAGCCGUUCAACGGAAUGUCAUAGAAACCAUUGACAAGUUAGAAGCUGCAGACACUAUCAGCAGCUGCUCGAGCGGGUUUGAAGAGUUUGAACUCUCGUCCCACGAGGAUAACCCAAGUGAUGGGAAUUUUUCAGCGAUAAAAUCCGAGAAUCACCAGCACAGGGAUACCAAACUACCACAUAGCCACGCCCCUCAAAAUGAGGGUCCACUUUAUCUUUCGGAUUCGACUAAGGAUCCAAAAAUGGGAUACACGGGUAGUGAUGCGUAUAAUAGCUGCCUCGAGCUUCCUCGAAAUACAUCAGUUCUUUCCCUGUGUGAGGAUCUACCAUACACUAACGUAUCAACAAGUCAUAUUCACGGCUCGAGCGCCGAAGGCUCGAGGGACACAGAAUCUGUAGACAUGUACAUGCCGGAGACAUAUCUCGACGGAGUUGCGCACCACUCGAGUCUGUUCCUUAGGUCACGCCCAGGUUCAAGAGCAAGUAGGGUGACACCCUUGUCAACUCCACGCCUAUCCCGACAUACAAGGGCUCACAAUCUUCCGUUAGGCAGUAACUUCUCGUUAUCUAGAAGAGCUAGCCACGGGCCUAGCCCAUUAGCGUCCACUGUGCUCUCACUACCUGGGACUCAAGAUUACUUGACGAAAAAGCUAACAGACAUUAGAGAAGUUGUAAACGUACUAAAAGCAGAGACGAACGCUUCGGAUUUUGUGAUUAUUGAGAGAUCAAGACCGAUCGAGCGCGAUGGAGGAUCAUGGAGGCGAUUAUUCACUAAUCCCAUGUUUUACAAGAUUGGGUUCGCUUACAUGUGUACACGAAUGGCCCAAAAUGUGACAAACGCAUAUUUCCCAAUUUUCCUCACAGACCAUUUGAAGUUUGGAAAGCAAGCGAUAGCCUACUUUCCUUUGGUCACUCUGAUCAGUGGCGUGUUCGCAAGUGUUGCUACUAAGACUUUAAACAGAAUUCUUGGAAAUAAGUGGACGUUUUGUGUGGGUGCGCUAGUGGUCAUGGGAUCGUCCUUGUGGUUCUACUCUCUGACGAAGGAGACUAGAUCGGCGACUUACGCGCCUGCGAUCAUGUCGGGCUGCGGUACAUCCAUCAUGUUCGUAACCACACUAGCGCUGGCUGCUGAGCUGGUGGAUCAAGACAGAAGCUCUGGAGCGUUUGUCAUGGCCUCAAUGAGUUUUCUCUCCAAAAUUGUACUAGGAACGCUUUUCUUCUUUCUGCAAGAAUUAGCCCCUAAAAGUUCUGGUGCUACAGAAUGUGCUGAGUGCCUGAGAUACGUUCAUUACGUUUUCUCUCUCACUCCGGGCGUUUCCGCUUUCCUCGGACUCGUCGGAUUCUUCAUCUUCAUCCCUGCCACCGUCAAAUGCCGAACGAUAACUCAUACAGUGGAUGCCGAGACGCAGACAGAUGCCUCCAUAUUCGCGCAUGCGUACCCGCCCGCCCAUGAGUCCCGGAUGUGCGAGCACGAGUUGACUACCAUCGCCGAGGUAUGCGACACUUCCAAGGAGAAGACGCGGGAAAGAGAGGAGAUGUUCCGCGGAAAUGCCGUGGAAACAAGCACUAGAUCCGGGGACGCAGAAACUAUUGAGUCGCUUGAUAGUAUAGACACUCGGUUCUGAGACAAGCAAAUGACACUAGAUCUGAUGACGCAAAAAUCAAUGAAUACCUCGACAGUAUAGAAUCUCAGUUCUGAGACUAGUUUAUUAUCUUUACCAGUAAAGGAACUAUCAUCCAGCGUGCAAGACUAGGUCUUAAAGGGGCUACGUAACGAGUUUAGUGGGCCACGAUUGACUUUUCGCCAUUAGUGCAGAGACGGAAGCUAGCCUCUAGAAUCAAGGUUAUGGUUCUCUGGAUGACCCGAUUUGUAAGAACCAAUAAGUUUAGCUACCCUGCUAGCAGAGCUUUUCUUUUUCUUUAUUUUUUUUAGUGCCUUACAUCCGAUUCGCGUCUCCGGGUUACGUGUUGUCCGCAAACUACGCUUGCGCAACUGAUGAUGUAAGAGGUUUAUGACAGGGAGGAUAGAAAACAAGUUUUUCCCAAGAAAACAUUGAUGCCAAUCUCUAGUUCUCUUUUUCACGGAAAGGCACUGUUCCACCACUUUCUUUUUAAAUUAACAAAAUGUCGAUAAAACAGGUCAAUCAAAAUACGUUUAGGUCGAAGUGUCAAUCAAAUUGCAGUUCGUUGGUGUUAGCCAGGACACUCUGAUCAAAUGUUAUUGCCUGAAAUGACAUGCAGCUUGAUUAUUUAUGUUUGUUAGCCCCUAUCGAGGCUAAUGUAAUAAGAGUUAAGUAUCGAGUGAAUUAUGUUGGAAACAACUCUAAAAAGUGCUAGAAAAUUAGUUGUUAUUAUUAUUUGUAGAAAAAUAGUGAUAUUAUUUGUUAUUUUCGUACGAUAUUGCAUUUUAUUUAUUUCCAUGUGCAUUACAAAGGUGUUGGAAGAUGGUCAAGUACGGUAAUUGUUUAGCUUAAAUGAGUAAUAAAGUCUAAUGUUUAACGGAA